GUUUUAAAUUGUUUUUAUUAAUAUAAAUUAAGAACUUGUUCGUGUGAAUACUCUUUUACUACUUUUGUAUUAUUAUAUGUAAAAAAUAAAACAUAACAAUGUCGUCGUGGAAAAAGGCCGCAAAAGCCAACCAAAAAACUCAUAAAGAGAGACACCAACCAAACUCCAGAAGACAUUUGGGACUUUUGGAAAAGAAAAAAGAUUACAAGAGACGUGCAGACGAUUAUCAUGAGAAGGGAGAAACUCUCAAAUUACUGCGGAAGCGGACGCUUGACAAAAAUCCUGAUGAGUUUUAUUUUCACAUGAUAAAUUCAAGAGUCAAAGGUGGAGUCCACCAUGAAUUAAAGAAAGAAGAAGAAGACAGUCCAGCGCAACUGAAGUUGAUGCAAACCCAGGAUAUUAGGUACAUCAAUAUGAAGCGUACAAUGGAAAGCAGAAGGAUUGAUCGUUUACAGAGUGAACUUCAUAUGACAGAUGUGGCCGACUCAACCCCUAACACGCACAUAUUCUUUGUAGACGAAGGUGAGGAGAAAGACUUUGACGUAGCCAAAAGACUGGACACACAUCCAAAGCUGCUUGGCAGGAAGUCAAACCGACCGAGGCUGUCCGAUUUGGAUAAAAUAAAAAUACCACUAAUUGAUAGCGAAACAUCUAAAGCUAUGAUAGGAAGUAGAAAAAAGAAGUACAAGGAAAUGGCUAAGAGAAUUGAAAGAGAGAAGGAGCUCAUGGUGAUUCAACAGAAGAUGGAAAUUAAGCGUCAUUUGCAGUCCAUAAACCAGAUUAAACCCAAACGCAUAAAGAAGGGAACCAAACACUCAGCACCUGUAUAUGAGUUCCAAUAUGUUAGAAAGAAAUAAAACAUAUGGUUAUAAGAAUAUUUACUCUUUUUUAUUUCGUUUUCAAUAAAUAAUUUUGUUAUAUGUUUAAAAAAACUGAGAUGCACUGAGAUUGUCUCACUCUUAUUAUACAUAUAUAAAAUAAAUGAGCAUUUCUCACAAAUAAUUAAUUAUAAACAAGAUUUUUCUUAUAACUACAACACUCAUAUAAGACUGUAUAUUUUUUCUUUCGCUUAAAUAAUAGAAAUUCACAUUAUAAAACAGUCUUUCAUACACUUGUUACAAUUUAAAAUAAUUAUGUCAAUAUUGGCGCCAAAAAGUAGAAAAAUUUUAAUUGGUCUGUGUUUUUUUGUAUAUACAUUUUUUUUCAUUUCUUUAGGGCAACUACUCACAGAACAUACAGCUAUUUUCUUAAUUGACGAUACGAUAUUUUUGAUAUCAAUUAAUUUAAUAUUUGCUAUACGUCUAUAUGUCUACGUUUUGUUGAUUAUUACAGUUUAGAAACGUGUGUGGCACGUAACAUUUUUUUCUAAUGUAAAGUUAUUAGUGGUAUAAAACAACAUCCAAAAUUACAUAGAUGUUAUUUCAGACACUGGUACUUAUAUAUUUAUUGUUAAAGUUUUAACAUUUUAUAAACUUAUGAAACUAAGUAAGUACAAUAUUUGUAUUGUAAAUUCUGUCGGUAACAAUACUUAAGCGCUAUUCGAUUACAAGCUAAUUUCACAUAAUAUAUCUUGCAGUAAUAUUCACUUUGUCAAAAAGUGAACUAUUUACUCAAACAAUUCAUAUAAACAUGAUUAUUACAGCCAACUAUACAAUAAAAUACUGAAUUCGUUUCGAUUACAUUCCACAUUGUCAACAUAACAAGUGCAUCGUUAUAUUUGUACGUACACUUAAGAGCAUUAUUAUAGCUAUCUCGUAAACUAUGCGUUACCUGUCAAUUUAUAAUUCUUUACAGAGUAUAAAGUCGCAGCCGCUGUCACUUCGCUUAUAUCUUUUAAAUUACGCAACGGAUUAAUGCAGUUUUCAGUAAUAGAUAGAGUGAUUGAAGAGGAAGGUUUAUAUGUAUAAUACAUGUAUAUCCGUACGAAGCCUGUUGAUACCAA